UUCACUAAUAUGUUUUUGUUUGGAUUGGCGCAAGUGCAUGAAUAUUUAAAAUUGAACAUAAAUUAAACAUAUUUUAAAUCAAUUCUUAAUGAAUUAAUACAUGGGUGUAAAAGAUUUAUGGAGUAUCUUAACACCUCAUGCUGAACGUAAGCCCAUAAGUGAACUACGUGGCAAAACUGUAGCAAUUGAUCUUGCGGGAUGGGUCUGUGAAAGUCUCAAUGUUGUAGACUAUUUCGUGCAUCCUAGACACCAUUUGAAAAAUUUAUUUUUUCGCACUUGUUAUUUAAUAUGGGAAGAGGUUACUCCGGUUUUUGUACUAGAAGGUGUUGCGCCCAAAUUAAAAAGUCAAGUUAUUGAAAAACGUAAUGAAAUUCAAUUUCGUGGCGUAAAACCAAAAGAGGCUCCAAGCAGCCAAAGUCAAACAAAUGCACAAAAGACAUCGAAUAGUGAUAAAGGCCGAACGCGAUUUAAUCAUGUGUUGAAACAAUGUGAAAAUCUAUUAUUGGCAAUGGGAAUACAAUGUGUUCAGGGACCUGGCGAAGCUGAAGCAUAUUGUGCAUUUCUUAAUUUGAAAGGGUUAGUCGAUGGUGUUAUAAGUCAAGAUUCCGAUUGUUUUGCUUACGGAGCCAUACGUGUCUAUCGAAAUUUUUCUGUAUCCACACAGGGAGCCUUGGCAGCACAAGGAGGUGCAGUAGAUAUCUACGAUAUGAGAAAUAUUUGUUCUAAAAUGGAUUUUGGCCAAAAUAAAGUGAUAGUCAUGGCUUUACUGUGUGGUUGUGACUAUUGUCCUGAUGGCAUAGGGGGUGUGGGCCGUGAUGGUGUUUUAAAACUGUUUAAUAAAUACAAAAAUGAUGAGAUACUAAAACGUAUACGUUCUUGGCGUCUCGAAGAUGAUAAAUAUACAGCAUUGGAAAUGAGAAUAGAUGAUAAGACAAUUUGCUCUAAUUGCGGCCAUCUGGGACGUACACAAAGUCAUACUAAAAAUGGUUGUGGUGUUUGUCGUACACAUCGUGGUUGUGAUGAAAGUUUAUGGAAAGAAGAACGUCUAUCUAUAAAAGCUGAAUUGGCAAUGCGUAAAAAAGCUUUAGCAGAUCCUAAAUUUCCAUCAGAAGAAAUCAUUGAGGAAUUCCUUAAACAACCUACAGAUGUUCCAAAACUGCAGUUGCAUUGGCGUCAACCGAAUAUGGUAAAAUUCAUUAAACAGGUUGGACAUCUAUUACAAUGGCCAGAAAUUUAUUGCUUUCAAAAAUUCUUUCCUAUUUUAACAAGAUGGCAAGUGUUGAAUGCUCAACGUUUAAAGGAAUUGCCCACAGCUGUAAUGUAUGUAACACCCAAAGAAAUUAUAAAGAAACGUGUGGUAAAAGGUAUUGCAAGCUUAGAAUUAUUAUGGCAAGAUGAAAAGGGUAUUUUUAAUGGUUUAAUACCAGAUAAUCAACUGCAGGAAUUUUUAGCCGACAAUCCUAAAGGCUUACAGGACCUUUGGUCUACAGUUGAGCCCUUUGAUAAGUUAGAAAUUGCUUACCCUUUACUCGUGGAGGCAUUCUUAAAAUCAAAAGAAAAACCGAAAAAAGUUACGAAAAAAUCUGCAAAAACUAAGUUAAAAUUAAAUGAAGACCAACCUUUAGGUUCAUUAGAAAAUUUAAACGAUCUUUUAGAGGCUACUAAUGACAUAGCCAAAACUUUAAAGCCAAAAAAACAAACCAACAAGACAAAAAAAGUUAAUUCAAAGCAAGGUUUACAAAUGAUUGAUAGAUUUUUUAAGCAAAGGAUUGAUGAUGCUCUAGAGGAAGGAAAACAAAAAACUCCUGUUAAAUCGGGGAACAAAACUGUCCAACAAUGUUCUACCCCCAUAACCACAAACAUACCAUCGGAUUUAGAAAGUGAUGUUGAUGAUGAAGCUUUCAAUAUGUCAGAUAUUGUAAAUGGUAUUGUGGAGAAAACAAAUAAAUCUUUUACUUUGACCUCCCACAAAGGUAAGCAACUUCGCUAUGAAGCAAUGCCACAGGAUUUUAGCUUUUUAUUAGGCGAAACUAAACCAAUUGCUACCGAAACAGAAGGAUAUCUUGAUGAUUUUGAUUUGAUUAGGGAAAAACGUUUACUUUCGAAUUCCUUUCGCAAAUCUACAAACAUUAAUGAGAAACGUAUGUCUCUGGAUGAUAGUUUCGAUGUUUUAGUUAAAAUGGGCAACAGUAGAAACUCGAAUUUAAAUGAUAAGAAAACUCAAAUCAAUCGUCGUGUAUCGACCAUUAUAGAUCGUUUUAAACAAAAACAACGCAUCAGUUUGAAUGUUACAAAUAGCUCCGUUGAGGAACAAUGUGUUGAUGAUGAUAAAAAUGUAAGUUAUUUUUUUAAUAAUAGCUUACAGCAAGAAAAUGAUGAUGUCUUUGAGAGACUCAUGGAAACUAGUUUAGCUAAAAAAUCAGGUAUAUGUGAUGAUGAUAAUGAUUUUGUAAUUUUAAGUGAUUAACAAUAAAAACAAUCCGAUUUGGCAGUAAAAAA